UGAAAUAAAACUAGAACCAUAUUCAUUAAAUUGAAAAUAUUUUAAAGUUUAAAUAGUUAAUAAAAAAAUUGAGUAAGAGGAGAGUAUAAGAGAAGCUUGGAUCUAUCUUCUGGUGUGGUAGUAACUAGUAAUAGUAAAUCCAAAGAAUUGAAACCCAGAAAAACACGGCGUUUUCAACGGUCACUUUUACCAUCUCAAACCAAACAUUUUCUGUGGUCAAAGAAAACAACACCAUCAAACAUGGCCGAACCCGAAACAUCCUCAUCCAACAAUAACAAAAACAACAAUAAUAAUAAAAACAAUAUUCCAAUUGAAAUCGUCAGCGACGAAGAAAUGGCUCUCAUAGAAGCAGCUUAUGCUUCUGUCACUUCUUCUUCGAUUUUCGCUCGUUCUCUUUCUUCCUGUUGUACUUCUUCAACACCUUCUUCUUCUCCUCGUCUUCACAACACUUCACUCUCCAUUAACUCGAUCACUCUUCUUUCCAAACGAAAGAUUUCUUCUUCUUCAUGUGGUGAUAUUGAAGAUACUCUCAGACAUGUUAAUUCUCCGAAGAAACCCGCGGUUUCGGAUUCGUUUCUUCGGAGAUUCAGGAAGAGACGUGCUUUGUCUGUCACCGAUCUCACGUCCACGGAAUGGUGCCCUAAACAAAUGGAGUUUUCACUCCUUCUUGGAGGGAAAAAGGUCAAUCAAUUUAUGAAAGCUGGCAUUGCUCGACACGCGAAACUCGAAGCAGAGGUUAUAACACGCGUGGAAGUGAAGGUUCAAUCGCAAGAAGAUCGAUGGGCCCUAAAGCUUCUUAAUUUUAUCAAUGGUGUGAAUCAGUUGUUGUUUGAAGGAUUAACUCGAGAAUUGCCGAUAAUAGGCUUUGCAGACGAUAUAUGGAUGAUAGGAGUGAUUGACGAGGUUCGGAUGCCAUUAACAGAAAAUGAUCAUAAUCCAAUACUAAUAGACACAAAGACUCGAGCUCGAGAUACACUUCCAGCCGAACCACAACGAAGAAAUGGAAGGCUUCAAUUGAUGUGUUACAAGUAUAUGUGGGACAAUUUAGUUGCUGAUAACUUUCCUUCUAAAAGCUUUUUUACUUAUUUUGGCUUAAACCCUCAUAGUAUUCUAUGUGAAGAUCUCAAAGUGAUAAGUGCUGACUCUGGAUUUUCUGCUGUGACCCUUGAUGAUGUGGUGAGAUAUUACAGAAAUACAUUUACGAUGUUAUCCCCGGCUAAUGAUCAGCUUUUAUUGAGAUAUGAGUAUCAGAAAGACCAUUCAUUGCUUUGCGAAGAUAAAUUUGCAUAUGAUUCCAAGUGGCUAAAGGAUCAAAUUCAUUCUUGUCUUGAGUUUUGGCUUGGAGAGCGAGAAGCUGCGUAUGUUCACGAAGACGAGCGCUGGAAAUGUCGAUUCUGUCAAUACGCCCCUGUCUGCCCUGUAAAUACUGAUGAUAGUAAGGAAAUGAGUGCCAAUACAAGCAAUGAUUCAAAAGCCAAAGAAAACUAAAUUUCUAUCUAAGUGUUGACUCUCUUCAAUAAAGGUUGAAAACAAGAAAAAGUGUGAUAUUUCAAACAACCAGGUUGUUUAUCUGUUCUAGUAAAAGUCUUCCCCUGAUGACAUCUUUUUUCUCGCGGUUUCAUCCAAAUCCAUGCGAGAGAACAGAAUCUUGACGGUUAUAACUUAUAGGCCUAGGUUUAUUUUAAGCAUUGUUUUAUGCAUUUAUCCAAUGCAUUGUUGUUGUUGUAGCUGUGUUAAUUAUUUUUGUAACUACAAAUAUUCCAUAUUCAUGUAUAAAGUUAUAGUUUAUUUUUGGGAUACAAGUGU